AUGCAGUGCCGGAAUAUGAUCAUGGCAGAAUCAGCAGGCCUCAUCACCAUCUGUCUUUUAGGAUAUCUACUCAGUGCUGAAUGUACAGUUUUUCUUGAUCGUGAAAAUGCCACCAAAAUUCUGAAUCGACCAAAAAGAUAUAAUUCAGGUAAAUUGGAAGAGUUUGUUCAAGGGAACCUUGAGAGAGAAUGUAGAGAAGAAAAGUGCAGUUUUGAAGAAGCACGAGAAGUUUUUGAAAACACUGAAAAAACUACUGAAUUUUGGAAGCAAUAUGUUGAUGGAGAUCAAUGUGAGUCUAAUCCAUGUUUAAAUGGCGGCCUAUGCAAAGAUGACAUUAAUUCCUACGAAUGUUGGUGUCAAAUUGGAUUUGAAGGAAAAAACUGUGAACUAGAUGAAACAUGCAGCAUUAAGAAUGGCAAGUGCAAGCAGUUUUGUACAAAAGGCACAGAUAACAAGGUGUAUUGUUCCUGUACUACAGGAUACCAACUUGCAGAAGACCAAAAGUCCUGUGAACCAGCAGUGCCAUUUCCAUGUGGGAGAGUUUCUGUAUCAUUCAAUUCUCUGAAGCUUACUCGUGCCGAUGCCUUUUUUUCCAAUACGGACUCUGACAAUUCUACUGAAGAUGAAACAAUUUUGGACAACAUCACUCAAAGCACCCAACCAUAUAACGACUUCACUCGAGUUGUUGGUGGAGAAAAUGCUCAGCCAGGUCAAUUUCCUUGGCAGGUCCUUCUUCAUGAUAAUAAUGAAGGAUUCUGUGGAGGUUCCAUUGUUAAUGAAAAAUGGGUAGUAACUGCAGCCCACUGUAUCAAACCUGGUGUUAAAAUUACCGUUAUUGCAGGUGAACAUAACACCGAGAAGGAGGAACCUACAGAGCAAAGGCGAAGUGUGAUUCGUAUUAUCCCUCACCACAGCUACAAUGCAACUAUUAAUAAGUACAGCCAUGAUAUUGCCCUUCUGGAACUGGAUGAACCUUUAAUACUAAACAGCUAUGUAACACCUAUUUGCAUCGCCAACAGGAAAUACACAAACAUCUUCCUCAAAUUUGGGUCUGGCUAUGUGAGUGGCUGGGGAAAAGUUUUUAACAGAGGGAGAACAGCCUCAGUUCUUCAGUACCUUAAAGUUCCCCUUGUUGACCGAGCCACAUGCCUUCGCUCCACAAAGUUCACCAUCUAUGAUAACAUGUUCUGUGCUGGCUUCCAUGAGGGAGGUAAAGAUUCAUGCCAAGGAGAUAGUGGGGGACCCCAUGUUACUGAAGUGGAAGGUACCAGUUUCUUAACUGGAAUUAUUAGCUGGGGUGAAGAGUGUGCAGUGAAAGGAAAAUAUGGAAUAUAUACCAAGGUAUCCAGGUAUGUCAACUGGAUUAAGGAAAAAACAAAGCUCAUUUAA